AUGAUCGUCGUUCACGAACUCCUUCACCGGAAACUCAUAUAUCAUCAGGUUUUGGCGGCACAUCGCGUAGAUAAUUUUCUAACUAUAGAUGAUCAACCACAUUUACAUUUAUCAAUUAUCAUUCAUCGUCAUCAAGAUGUUCCUACAGUAUUCUUCUUUGAAUUAAAUUGGAUUCAGUUGUGUUCAUUCAUUAUUUUCUUCUAUUUUUUAUUAUUUCGAUAA